GAGACCUGCCGAAUGAAUGGCUGCUCCAAGCUGUAUCCAACAGCACAAAGCUGUGGUUCUUUUCCCAGCCAGUCAAGGGCCACCACGCGGAACGAGCCUAACUGCCACUAACGGCUCAGCACUUAGCUCCUGUCAUCAUAGAGCUGCGAUCUUCUCCAGAGGCUAGAGAGGCCUCGGCGUCUGUGGUGAUAAUAGAGCCCAGUUGCCGGGGGGGGGGGGCUCCCCUUGGGUAAAAUGCGGGCGAGAACCGCGAAUUAUUCCGAGUCAUGGAGGCUGAAUAAUUACGUUCAGGAAAAAGCGAAAGCCGAGGGAAAUAUUGUCGCGGAACCGGAUGUAGCACCCGCAUGCUUGUUGCUAGGCGACUACGGUAAACAGUCACCCCUCUUGGGCUCGAGGCUUGGAUAAGAACAGGCAGGCAGGCGGGGCAGCAGUUGUUGGACAGACUAGAGGAAGGUAUGUUUGGAGCAGCGUCGUGAAACAGGAUUGCUAUAGCUACCGAGCCUCCAUCUCAUCCUUCAGUUUCUGGGCGGAAGGUCAUUGUACAGAACCGAACGGCCAAGUGCUUGCGGAUUUGCUAUGGCUCAAUUGCAACUGGCUGUGUGUUCCCGUGUGGAUCCAAUAGUGUCCAAUCCCAAUCUUCCUGCAUCAAGCCAGGAGAAAUGUCAUUCAGAGGCUUUUAGAGAACAGCCACGAUUAGAACACCUGAGGACUAAUAUCCAGCAACAACUCCUGUCUAACAAAGAUAAGAAGUUGAAAGAUGUUUGUAUCAAAAAAGGCCGGAGUGCUUCCUGUUCUGAACCUGCAGAAAGUAACCAGCUGAUUUCAGAAAAUGCUGGCUUCUGGUCUGCUGGUCCUCACAACUGGUAUCUCAAGAAACAAGCCAGCACUCUAUCUUCCCUCUGGAGACCCAAGCGGAGAGGUGUAGACAGGGCAUACCCACUAAAACCAGUCUUUCAUCAAAAAGCUGAGAAUGGUUCCAUACCUAGUUCUUGGCAAGUGGCAAACCCACAAGCUACAGAGACUCCUUCCCCUAGCAUUAGCUCAGAGAAAAAAGGAAGAGCGCAUGCAGCCAAGGCCCAGCACAUUGGAGUCCCUUUUCCUUUUUCAGUAGAGCAAUCAAAGAGAGCAACUUCUCAUCCAAGAAGGGCAGAGUCAGGGUACAUUCAAAAACUGGAGGCUGCUGGUAGGAAUUUGGAGCAGGAGAUCCAGAGGAAGGAGGCUCUACUCAGGGAGAAAUUGAGGAGAACAGAAGAGGAGCUCCGGAGGAUCCAAUGGGAGAAGCAGCAGGCAGAGGCAAAAGCAAGAAAGGAGCAAGGUCUAUGGAUGCCUGAGAGAAAAGCAGCAGACAUCUCUUGGAGGCAUCUUUCCAGACCUACAGCCCAGCCAAAUGAUGGUCUUGGGAAAACUGCUCCGAAUAUCCGUGUAGCUUCCACAGAGACAAUCCCAGUUCCCUCAGAGCUCCAUAUGGAAAGGCUCAAAAAACAACGGUUGAUGGCUAGCAACAGUAAAAUUCGAGAAAAUGUUUCCCAAGAAAAUGCAACUCUUUGUGCAGAGGUGGCUUCCAGGCAUGACCAGUCUCCAACAGCAGUCCCCUUAGGACAGACUGACUGUAUGGUGGGAGCACCACCACUACCAUACACAGAGGCACCAAAUAGUGUAGAAGACUGGGGUGAAUGCAAUUUUUGUGGACGGAAGCUUUACUGUUCCAGGUUGGAGAAGCACAUGAGUAUCUGCAGCAAGAAUCAUGGCUCCAAGAGAAAAGUAUUUGAUUCAAGUAAAGCCAGAGCAAAGGGCACUGAAUUAGAGACCUAUAAUCUCUUGAUGGGCUCUCAGAAAAAAACUUCAACCAAAAGCACUGAUGGUUCCAAGCAAGGCAGUAUGCAAUCUAAGCAAAGCAACUGGAGGCAGAAGCAUGAGUCUUUCAUCAACACAUUGCGUCGGGCUCGUGAGGUGCAACGAGUAAUCUCCAAAGGGGGGAAGACCUCAGACCUUCUUCCAGCACCCCCCAUGGAGAAUCCAGACUACAAAUUGUGCCCAUACUGCACACGUCAGUUUGCCCCUAAGGUAGCCGAGAGACACAUUCCCAAAUGCAAAAACAUUAAAAAUAGACCACCACCACCACCACAGCAAAAGAGACGUUGCUAGUAACAGACCCAAGUGGAAACUUCAACUGGAGUAGUUUCAUUAGGACCUUUGCCAUUUCCCUCAGUUGGACAGGACAAAUAGGAGAGAGCAUUCUAAUAGCUGUGGCUUUGGGCUUUUUUUUUUCUUCAAAAACCAAAACCCACAAAUGUGUAAAGUCUGUAAACCCACAAGCUGUGAGUAGAUUAUUAAAUCCCUCAUGUUGUGUACUAGGGUCAAUACUUCUUAAAAGAGGUAUAGUAGGCCUCAGGUGGUAUCUUCCAUAUCUGACUGAUCCCAGUUAUUUCUUCUGUGCAUUUUUUCACAAGAAUCUCUUGCACUUUAUGCUGAAGCACUUGAAUUUUGUCUGGCUCUUGCCCCAUGAGAUCAAUGUGCUGGGUCAUAGAUAAUACUGAAAAUGUUCAGAAGACCAAAAUUCCACCAGACCAUUAAAUCCUUGUAGUCAUUUUAGCUUGUGUUUAGAAGAAAAAUCCUUUGUUCUUCUAUGCAAUACCAUUACCAGAAGCAGAGCUGAAAUGAAGGCCUCAUAAGUACCUAGGUCAGCCACCAUAGUAAAGAGGAUUCUUAUCUAGAAUGUCACAAACAUAACUGGACUGGGAAAAGGAAAUACCUACUUGAAACACAGCAUACCUGCCUUCUCACAUCAGGGUUUUAAAGCCAUUUUUGGAUCACCUGUAAAUACUAGUAACCAACACUUCUUCAAGGCAGUCUGUAAGAAAACAGCUGUAGGAGAUAAUGGGAGUGAAAGUUGUAGGAUGGGGCUGCAUGAUUUGGAGAAGUUCAGCUCUCACCUCAGGAAAAGGGAAAAUGAUAUAGUUCAUGGGAAGGUAGGCAUUGGAAUGAGCAAUGUUUGUGCCAUCAAGUUAGUGGAGAGCAUAAGGGGAACAAGUGUGUUAAAAGCAAGUAAGGGGAGCACGUGUGUUAAAAGCUAAAUGGUUGACAAAUGCUUGCAUAUUUACUUUUUUCCAGUAACAAAUUCACUUUUGCUAUACAUGGAAGAUGGUAAUUCAGACAAUGGGGGAAAUACAGGUUAAUGAAUGUAAGACUAUAAAGUGUGCCAUAUUGCCAAAAUCUGUGUCAUAGCAUUCUCCCAAAUCCCAGUCUCACUUUAUAUAAUGCAAAGCUUUAAAAGUUUUAUGAUUUGAAAGAAUA